AUUCAAGGAAGUGUCUUUAUUUCGCACUUCCCGUUUUAGUAAUAAUUCUAAAUCUUUAAAAAUUCUGCUGAAAUUCAAGUACUCGAAUAUCUUAAGUGUCUGCUGUCCCUUCAGCGUCACUUGCCCGCCCUCGAUGGGUCCCUGUGAACUAGUUCCUGCACAUUGCCCAUUUCCUGCGCCCCCUGCUGGCUAAUCUGCUGCAGGACAUCCUCAGUCUCCAAGGUAAGGUCCAUUAACAACUGUAAUUUUCAGGACAGUCCCUUGUCCCUCAUGCUGACAAUGAAUCUGUCUGUAAUGUGCUCAUUUCUGCUAGCACUGAAUUUGCAAUUCUUGCUCAGCUCUUACAGGGUUUUUCUAUGACUUUUGGAACCAUAUGGCCCAGUGUGCCAAGUUAAAACUGUGUGGCAGGUUAAACUUAGGCAUGUUUAUCUCUAUCCAUAUACUUCCGACACCAUGACAAUAAAGUAUAGAGAGGAAGGUUCCCAUAUUCAGAACUAUUAUUUUAUUAAACUGUAAAGGUACACGGAAGUAUGUUACAUGCUACUUAUCUCUACCUCUUUCCAACUUCGUUCACACACGUGGUGCACACAUGCAGGUCCAAACUAUCAUGGGUCACAUGCACUGUCGGCCAACCAAAUUAUCUGCACGUCAGUACAGUACCUUGACAGUGAACCGAAUCAUUUUCAAGGUUGUUGUUAGCUUAUGAGUUUGGCAAGCUAUAAAAGUAGCCCGUUUACAUACACUCACGGCUAACUCCUGAAUAAACGAAACCACAAAUGUGAAGGGGUUACUGCUUCAAAGUAGCAGUGCAAAUCUAGGGCUGGGCAUCGUUUCGAUACCAGUACCAGAACUAUACCUUGAUUUCGAAACCAGUUCCCAAACAAUACUUUUUUAAUACUAAUAUGUUUUUAAAUCAAUUUCAACAACAACAAAAAUACAUUAAACAUUAUAGCACAAAUCUUUUAUUUAAACAAGUUUUUUUUUGGUUAGUUACUAGGGGAUCGGUUGUGAUCAUAAGGUCUUUUAUUUAUAUUUUACUUAUAUGACCUGCAACAUGUUUAUAAUUCAUAAAUAAAUCUGGCCAGCAGAUCGAUCUUUCCUUUUUCACAGAAUAAAAACAAGCUGGCAAGUUGUUCCACUGCUGACACCGGCAAUAUUAGACAAAACUAUAUUGCCACAGAAUAAAAAGACAAUGUAACGUCAUCCUGUAAAUGUGUGCUGGCACAUUUCACCACCAGCAUCAGCAAUAUAAAAGGAAACGCAACCAAAAACGUAUUCAAUCUUAUUGAGGUACAAAAAUAAUUCCAUCUGCUCCGUCUCCUUUUCUGUUCUUCCGCCUAACUUCCAUGUUUGCACCAGUGCUUGUGGUCAAGCAAUCAGUGUAAACGCCUCCACAGUAGUACCUCCGAGGACAUGACAUCAGACCAAGUUCCAAUGAUGAUGAUACACAUGCACACUUGCUCUCUCCUGGUGUUUCACGUGAAAUAAGAUGGGGGGCAUAUUUGGGCUGAAAUGAGGGGCAUAUCUGCAAUUCGCCCUGGUGCGCGGAGUUACAGUAUUUACUCGCACUGUCUCCAAAAAUGGUGACAAAACGCGACUAAAUGGUUUCAGUCUGGAUGCCCUUUGAGCCACACUUCUGAUUUCUUAGACAUUGUUUACAAUAGGCAACAAACAAGAACAUCAACACAGAGGGGAGCCAGUUCACAUGUCCGUGUCUGGGCAUGAAGUGUUUGUAUAACAUGUUAGACAGCCAAUCACCAGCUGCAUGCCUUUUAGCUCACAGACGCUGAGAUUUACUGUUUGGGGAUUGGAAUACCACACCUGGUGCAUGACGCUCAUUAUGGACACAGGUUUCCAAAUCAGAAGUUGCAACUUCAUGGAGAAAACUUCAAGAAAAAGUUUUUUUUUGUCAUUAGUACUUCUUGGAAUUAUGUGGCUAGUCUAUAAAAUUCCCUUAGGACGGAAUCUGACUACAUAUCCACAUUUAUGGGGAAAUAUUUUACAUCUACCAGUUAAUCUGAGUAAUCAGCAUGCAAAGAACUUGACUGAGCAAAAUAUAACGCCGAUUAAGGACACAAAGCAUUUCCUGGUUUCUGCCUACAAAGAUCACAGGAUUGAUGGAACCAUUCGUAUCAUUAGCAUAUAUAGGAGGGAUGAUGUCAGAAGACUGUAUUGUAUAAUUGGUUGUGCUCAACAUGGAUAUUUGGUUACAGCAGCAGAUGUUGACAUACACCGUGAUCAUUUUGGGUUCCCUUACCACACCACAGACCUGCUGUGUAAAACUGAACCAAAGUGUGAUGCUGCAAAUGUCACCAUCAGUAAUUCUCCAUACACCACAGACAUUCCAGAUAUGAUCUUCCUACCCAUACGAAACAGAGAGAGAAACGAGCACAACUUCAAAUACAACUUCACUGUCUGCAUCUCCAACCUCUUUGGAACUUAUAACAAUGUACUGCAGUUUGUGCAGACCAUAGAAGUGUACAAACUCCUGGGCAUACAGAAAGUGGUCAUCUACAAUACUAGCUGUGGUCCAGACCUUGACAAGGUUCUGCACUACUACAGGGAAGAGGGUACACUUGAAAUCCACCAAUGGCCAAUAGAUCAGUUCCUCAAUCCCUCCAAAGGCUGGAACUUUGAAGAGCAUAAAGGUGACCUCCAUUACUAUGGGCAGUUAACUACUCUGAACGACUGUAUCUACAGAAACAUGUACAGAUCCAAGUAUCUUCUGCUGAAUGACAUCGAUGAAAUAAUUGUGCCUUAUCAACAUGCUACACUGGAGAUUCUCCUGGAGGACCUGCAAAGACAAAACCCCACAGUAGGAGUCUUUCUUAUCGAGAAUCGUAUCUUCCCCAAAACCGUCUUUGAUGAUAUGGGCAGAUUCAACUUAACACAGUGGAAAAACGUUCCAGGAAUAAACAUCUUGGAACACAUUUAUCAGGAACCUGACAGGAAAGAUGUUUACAACCCCACCAAGAUGAUCAUAAACCCAAGGCAAGUGGUGCAGACAUCAGUGCAUUCAGUGCUGAAGAAUUAUGGAGGCACAUUGACAGUUCCACCUGAUGUGUGCAGAAUUGUACAUGUCAGAGUUCCUUUACAGGGGAAUCUCACCAAAGAGCAACUCAUUGUGGACAAAAAACUGUGGGAAUAUCAGAAGGAUCUUGUGCAAAAUGUUGACAGUGUGCUGAAUAAAUCAGGGAUCUAUGACUAAAGCAUUUUGAUUUCCACAACCUUUUUCUUUUCACUUGUCUUUUUUCACAGAUGUUUCUCCUACUUUAACUAUGUCCUCGUAAUUUUUGUAUUUGUUACAAAACUUGGUAUCGCUUUUAAAGGUGAAUGCGUACUUGUGUAGCAGUUAUGUCAAUCGCUGUCUAUAAUCAUCUUUCAUAAAUAUAGCACACAGUGUAACCGUAGAACUUUUCAGUGAUGAUAACCAUGAUGGUCAGGCUAUCCCAGCUGAAGAAUCUUUUUAGCAACUGUGUAUCCAAUUUGUAAUUCAUCGGUAGGCCUGCUGGGUAUUCCUGAAUACCUGCCUCCUUUCUCUGAACUACUGAAAGUGUCUCCUUUUUAAGAUACAGAGUGCCCCUUAUAUGUUAAAGGCACUGAGCACCACCCCCUCAAAACGUCUCUGCACAGUAGUGAUUCACAGACAAAAGCUGUGAGUACACAGCCUCUCCUGGUGUGACACUGCUGCAGGCCUUGCAGUGCUGUUUGUGACCUGCUGUAACUUCCUCGUGCAGUGUCAGUAGGGAGCACCAAGCACACUGGAAGUAAUUCAGCAGUCAGUCAGUUCAGCCAUUCAUUAUAUACUAAUCAAUUGUCAGGGAGAUUUAUAAAUUUGAUUUAUAUGACAGAGGGAUCAUGUGUAUUAAUACAAGAAUGUGGCUGAUAGUUGGAGCUGGCAAGCAGGUUAUGAUGAGGUUAUGUUCCGAUAAACCUUCCGAAAUGCAUUUUAAUACAGUACACCUGAGCUAACAAACAUCAUAGCCUAGCCUAGCCUACCUUAAACACGUUUAGAAUACUUACAUUAGCCUACAGUUGGGCAAAAUCAUUAACACAAGGCCAAUUUUAUAACAAACUGUCUCAUGUAAUUUAUUGAAUAAUGUACUGAAAAGUGAAAAUAUCAUAACACGGACCAUUGUAACCCAGGAAGUGUUACUUACCUUUUUCAGACAAAUGAUGGAUUUUGAGUGGUUUACUGUUUAGACAUAGUAUGUGGUACAAGUAUAGAAUCGCGAUACUUUAUUAAUCCCCAUAGGGAAGGUUUCUUUGCCCUAUCUUGUUCUCCGUAAAGGUGAGAGCAAACUUGGGGGUCUCAGCAAAGGGGAAGCCACUUCCUUGUGGGCCCACAGACAUGUGGCUAUUUUACCAAGGUCAGGCUGAAACUAGCAGCCUUCUGAUCACAGGCACAGAGCUUUCGCCUGCCGAGCCACACGCAAACGCGAUUACCGCAGAACCAAACAAACCUCUCUUAUCAUAUUGUACUGGCUUUUGCUUUUUUGUUCUCUUGAUACUGAAAGAAGUUGAUAAAAUAUUGCUGCUAGUUUUGAAACUGCUAAAAGUACUAUCAGGUAUUCUUGGCUAAACAUGAAGAAUAUUUGUACCUUGUUCAUUUUAUUAUUUUAGUGUUGCACAUGGAUUCCACAGCUUUGUAUUUUUUUGUAUUUGGUAAUUUAGCCAUGCGACAACCUGAAACUGGAGAAAUUACUGCUUAGUCUUUGGUUAAACAGUUUAUUGUUCCUGACAAAAAACAUCCCAUAAUACUAAGAUUUCAAGAAGAAUUCUAGAGCAAUGAGACGAUUAUGGUAGCUGUAGUUUCAGUGUAAGAUUCACCUGUAGUUGUUUGCAUUAAAGUAUUGGCAAUGUAACUAACUGACAAAGAUUACUGUGAUUUAUUGUAAAAUAUAUGCAGGCUGGCACUGUAGUCUGACAUGUACUAUAUGCCAGCUGCAGAAACAAUGAUAAUUUUAUUGUAGAUGAAUAGAAUCAUACUGUGUGACUACAAUAUUUACUGUAUUUUUAAUAUUGUAAACUUUGAUUAAAAUGUCACAGCUAAGAGCUGUUUAUUUACAGCACUUCACUGGCAGUAUACUGUAAAUUUUGAAGUAAAUUGUUGACAGUAUAUCCCAGGGAGCACGGGAUACAAGACGAUGUACACCUUGGAUGAGAUGUUAGUCCAUCACAGGCUGUGCAGCCUGCAACUCAGAAGGGCGACUUAGCGUAAGUGCACGUGUGAGAACUAAUGGAGGAUAAUCCCUCAUGUGACGUCUUUUACUGGUUUGUUUUAUUUCCUGAAAAAUAUUGAUUUGUUAUAUGUGCCUUUGCCUUUCAGCUGUACAGGUCCUGAAAGUACAGAUCCAGAGCAAGGUUUUGUUUCAACCAACCAGCUGAGUACUCUGUGACUGUGAGUC